AUGAUUAAAAACAAAAUUAUUGUCUGUAGUAAAGGAGUUAGGCAAUUCUCUACUUCAGUGAGUAUUCUUAAAAAUGUGCUGAAGAAAGAGCCUACAGAUCCCAGCGAGAAGCAAGGGAAACUUGGACGAGAAGAUUUAGAAUAUGGGCCACUAUCUAAAGCACAAUUAGCAUAUCUUGAUCGUGUGGUUCGAGUUGACCAAGCGGGUGAAUUGGGGGCCAAUUAUAUUUAUAUGGGGCAGUAUGCUGUGUUAGCGUCGAAAUACCCUCAUUUGAAGCCUGUUCUCCGUCACAUGUGGGACCAAGAAAUUCAACACCACAAUACAUUCAAUAAAUUGCAAGUGGAAAGAAGAGUCAGGCCCUCUAUGUUUACACCACUUUGGAAAUUAGGUGCUUUAGGAAUGGGUAUGGGUACGGCUUUGUUGAGUAAAGAAGCUGCAAUGGCAUGUACCGUUGCAGUUGAAACCGUAAUUGGUGGUCACUAUAAUGAACAGUUACGUGUAUUAAUGAACCAGUACAACGUAAACAUCUACGAUAAGAAAACUGGGAAACUUUUAAACAAGGAUGAACUUGAUCUUGGACAACAAAGAUCACCUGAAUUGACUAGUUUGAAACAAACGGUGAGCCAAUUUAGAGACGAAGAAUUAGAGCAUUUAGAUACCGCCGUGGAACACGAUGCAGAGAAGGCUGUUCCAUACUUACUAUUGACGGAGGCCAUUAAGUUGGUUUGCAGGGGUGCUAUUUGGACCGCUGAAAGGGUAUAA